AACACACACCAAACAAACAAAUUAAGUCCUUGUUCUCCUGAGUUACUUCUUUGCACGCUAUCAUCCAUUACUACUUCUUUUGGCUAAUUGUCUCUCUCUUUAGUAACUUCUUCGUAUUCUAUCAUCAUCCAUGGCUUCAAGUACUCCGGCCUCACCAUCACCUUCAAAAGUACUUCUAGGUGACAUAAUUGCAACCACGAAUGGUGUUCCGUCGAAUUACAUAAGACCCUUUUCCGAACGUCCAAAUCUCACUCAAGUUCAAUCAUCUGAAGAUUCAUCAAUCCCUCUCAUCGAUUUAAAAGAACUUGAUGGUCCAAACCAUUCUAAGUUAAUCAAGCAAAUUGGCCAUGCAUGUCAAUAUGAUGGUUUCUUUCAGGUAAGAAAUCAUGGAGUGCCAGAGAUAGUUGUAGAAAAGAUGUUACAAGUAGGGAAGGAUUUCUUCGGGUUGCCAGAGAGUGAAAGAAUGAAGUGUUAUUCGGCUGAUACAUCGAAAACAACUCGACUGUCGACCAGUUUUAACGUGACGAAUGAAAAGACGGCGAAUUGGAGAGACUUCCUGAGACUUCAUUGUUAUCCUCUUGAAGAUUAUAUGGACGAGUGGCCUACUAAUCCUCCAUCAUUCAGGAGUGAUGUGGCGGAGUACUGUACAAGUGUUCGAGGCUUAACAUUAAAAUUACUGGGAGCUAUUUCAGAGAGUUUAGGUCUUAAGAGAGAUUACAUAGAAAUGGUACUUAGUAACCAUGGGCAACAUAUGGCUAUAAAUUAUUAUCCCCCAUGUCCUGAACCUGAACUUACGUAUGGACUUCCUGGUCAUACUGACCCGAACGCCAUCACUGUUCUCCUUCAAGACGAUGUUCCUGGAUUACAAGUUCUUAAAGAUGGGAAAUGGAUCGCUAUCCAUCCGAUACCUAACACGUUUAUCAUUAAUAUUGGUGAUCAAAUACAGGCUAUUAGCAACGACAAGUACAAAAGUGUUCUUCACCGAGCCGUUGUAAACUGCGAUAAAGAGAGAUUCUCUAUCCCAAUUUUUUGUUGUCCGUCCAAGGAAGCUGUGAUCGGACCGGCUUCUCAAUUGGUUGAUGCCGAGCAUCCCUCUCUAUAUAAGGAUUUCACUUAUACCGAAUUUUUUGGAAAAUUUUGGACUCAGAAAUUGGGAAACGAAAGUACUUUAGAUUUUUUCAAGACAACAACUCCUAUUAAUUAUCAAAACCAAAGGUGAACAAUUUAGAAAAUUUUCAAAACUUCAAAGAUAAAUCCUCACUAGAUUUUAUGUGGCUUUUUUUUUUGGUUAAGGGUGCUAUUCGGCCUAAUCUUUCCGAGAUUAAUACUAGAUGGGUCUUUCUUUUUUCUAAGAAGUAAACAAGUGUAAUUAAGGAAGGUACUAUCACCCAAUGAAGGAGUAACAAAGAGCCAAAUGCUUUGUUGUUGACGUUAGAGGUAAAUGGCCAAGGAGUUUAUGAUGACGAGGUGACCAGAUGAUAAAAGAUGACACUUAAAACCAUGCAUGAUGCAUACUUGGUUGGUUGGCUCAAGCUGGAGUUUAUGACCACGACACUUGUUAAGCCUGGACUGCAUAUGCGGUGACGUCACGUUGAUUACGUACCUGAAACUGGAAAAUGUUGUUUUCAUAGCGAUGCCGAAGUUUUUCUCUCGCAGUACAAGGUGUUCAAAUGUCCAGAGGAUGGAUGAGGUCUCACACAUGGUUGUUCAACUCUGGUGGACCAGGCUGGAGUUGAUGACGACGACACAGCAGGUAUUAUGGCGCGGCGCGCUGUAUGUGGUGACCUCACAUGGAUUACGUACCACGGCGAUGCCGACAGAUAGUUGUCAAUUUCUGUAAUGCAACAUGCAUGUCACAACUGUAAACUAUUUUUCUUGGCUUCUUAGAUGUCUGGUAUUAAUUUAAGCUAUUGAUGAUGGACCACGUCCGACGCAGUUUGGGCAAUUUGGCUUCAAUCAAUAACGCUAAAUUUAAAAUUACUGAGAAAUUAGAAGGUUAAUUAAAAACA